ACCGAGAUAGCGUGUUAGAAAAAGACAGCAGAUAAGAAUGGUGUUGCUAUCUUUUUUUAUCACACAUAGUUAUAUGAAUUGAUUACCAAUACAUUUUAAAUUCGUUGUUCGUUUAACGUUUUGACUUUUGUUCUGCCUUCUGCGUUCUCAAAGUUUUAAAAAUAAUUAAAAUAGUGUGUACCUACUGUGCAGUUAAGACUUAAAAUGGUGAAUUUUUGUAGUGCCUUUAAUUGUGCUAGCUCUAGUGAUGUUAGAAAAGACUUGUCAUUUCACAAGUUCCCUCUUAAAGAUAAAGAGAGGCUUCAAAAAUGGGUGCAUGCUGUUCGAAGGAAAGAUUUUAAACCUAGUUCCAAUACAACUUUAUGUAGUUUACAUUUCAAUGAAACUGACUUCUAUUCAGCAGUUGAAAAAUAUCUAGCUGAAGUCAACUCAACAUAAGUUACAUUAGUUAACUUAACAGAUCAUAUAACUCCAAGGAAAUUUGGCCAUGAAGUAUAACAAAAUGUAUUGCAGAUUUUGUUUUUCUGGAUAUUUCCAGUACUAAUAUUUCCUAAAUUAUAAAUCUACAAUAUUAAGCUUAAGUUAGGAAAGUAGUAAGUACAAUCUAAAGUAAGUAGUAGAUAUAGCUCCAGGUAAAUAGCGUAAGUACACUUUUAUUUCAAUUAUGAUUAAUAUUAUAAAUACUAUGUUUAUAUUUUAAUAAAUAUUAUUUUACUAAAAA